AUGUCCACAAUCUCGUCCUUCCUCCGCACUUUUGGCAUAAAAUGGCUACUAAUACUUGUAUUUACAAAGAAUCUCUGGGCUAACGGAUGGAGGUGUCGACAAGGUUUGAAAAUAUCCAACGUUGAACUUUUCGGUGGAUCUAUAAAUCGCCAAAGGCCCAUUUUUUCCGUUUCCCGUAAUGAAAUAGCCGAGGGAACUGAAGUAUUGAGGGAGAUUGAGAAAUAUUGGCAGAAAUUUUGGGAAAAUGAAGCCAUUUUUGCCACGGGCGACGAUAGUCCCGAAUCGAAGACCAAACCAAAGUUUUACCUACUCUCCAUGAUACCAUACCCCUCAGGUGAUGGACUACAUGUCGGUCACCUGCUAGGAUACACGGCAAUUGACGCUGUAUCGCGCUACAAGAGGAUGAAGGGGUACGAGGUUCUAAAUCCCAUUGGCUGGGAUUCCUUUGGACUACCGGCAGAAAGGUACGCUAAAGAAGUUGGAAGAAACGUAGAGGAGGUCACUCGCGAGAAUAUUGACAGAUUUAGGGCACAACUCAAGUCGAUGGGCUACUCGUAUGACUGGACGAGGGAGAUUAGCACUAGUGACCCAGACUACUAUAAGUGGACCCAAUGGACGUUCCAGCAGUUUUUCCUGAAUGGACUUGCAUAUCGCUCCCAUGAACACGUGAAUUGGUGCCCGGAACUAGACUCUGUACUGGCCAACGAGGAGGUACGGAAUGGCAAGUCCAUUAGGGGUUCCCAUGAUGUCUAUAGGAAACCAAUGGAACAGUGGAUGCUCAGGAUUACAAAGUAUGCCAAAAGACUUGUAGAGGAUCUGAAAGAUUUAGACUGGCCCCAACAUCUCAAGGUUGCCCAGGAGAAAUGGAUCGGUCUUGAAGAGGGCUACAGGGUUGGUCUUGAGGUUCUGCCUUGUCCAGAGAUCCAACCCGUCAUGCAUACUCUCCAUGCAUUUACGCUUGAUCCAUGCAUGUUGAGAAAAUGCAAGGCUAUUGAAGUAUCCAUUUACACUGACAAUCUAUUAAAAGCAUGUCCCCCAGACUACCGCUCCGCUGUAGCAGAGCUCAUUGAGGAGUCGUCCAAACUGACAAAUUUGGAACUUGCUGAAAAGAGGAAAAUACAGUUUACGGGUAGGUACGCACUGAAUCCCUUGACUGGUGCAAAUAUACCCAUUUAUGUUACCAAUGGUCUCUAUGGGUUUAACAAGGAUAUUAAUGCUCGACUAGUUGUUGACAACGUUGAUACACAGAGUGAAUGCAGCAGUGAUGAUUUGAAAAAGUUGAAAGUCGAACCCUUUACAAAUUUGAGGUUCCGAGACUGGAUAUUUAGCAGACAGAGGAAUUGGGGAGAGCCGAUUCCCAUUUUCAAGGAGACGGAAUCUGGCAAUACAUUUUACAAGCUGGCUGAAAAACUUCCAGUACAUGUUUCACAAGAAACGUCUAAAUUACGAAACACGAAUGAAACAAUGCCACAAUGGGCAGGUUCGUGUUGGCAUUAUCUCCGUUUUGUUGAUCCCAGGAAUAGCAACGCUAUUUUUGACAAGGCAAAGGCUCAACACUGGCUUCCUGUAGAUUUGUACAUUGGGGGAGCUGAGCAUUCAGUUUCGCAUUUAUUAUAUUCCAGGUUCUGGAACAAGGUCUUGUACGAUUUAGGCAUUUCACCAUGUCCGGAGCCUUUUAAAAAAAUCAUUCUUCACGGUACAAUGAAUCGUGCUCAAUAUUAUGAUAAAGAUGGAAAAGAAGUACCGGAAGACUUAGUGAUUAAGCACAAGGGUGAAUUUGUCCUAAAGGCGGACAUGUCGACCCCUGUAACCAUCAAGGCGGUAAAAAUGUCAAAGUCUAAGCAAAAUGUGGUUAAACCAGAUGAUAUUAUAGAAACAUGGAGUGCGGAUGCCCUACGGCUCCACCUAACAUUUUUGGGACCCAUUGAAAAGAAUAAAAUUUGGAGCGACCGUGCCAUUGUUGGAGUUCAUAAGCUCCUCUUGAAUCUAGUCAAGUUUUACAAGAAUAUACACCCAGGGAAAUUGGCAAGAAGAGAGACAAAAGAAAUUAUAAACUGCACAAAUGGGUUCAUUACACACAUUACAAGAUGCCUAGAGACAGUGCAACUGAAUACAAGUGUUCAGGGAUUUUUUAAAUUCUUUCCAGAAAUGAAAAGGUGGUAUCGCAGCAACACACUUACACUCAGAGUGUGUAAUAUUUUCCUUUUACUUUUAAACCCCUUUGCUCCGCAUAUUUCGGAGGAAUUGUGGCACUAUUUGAACCCCGGCAAUGACGGAGUUAGCAUAUCUCAGCAAAAAUGGCCAGAACAUUUAAAUUCCCAUUGA